AUGCGCGCGAUUCAAGUGAGAGAAUACGUCAAGGGACCCCUUGACCUUACGGUCACAACCCUGCCGACUCCCUCUCCUUCCCCAGAUCAAUACUUGAUCCAAGUCCAUUCCGCUGGAACCAACUUCUUCGAUCUUCUCCAGAUUCAAGGCAAAUACCAGAAUCAGCCGCCACUUCCAUGGAUUUCCGGCGCGGAGUUUGCGGGCACAGUCCUCAGUACCCCUAGCGGCAACAAAUCUCCGAAAUACAAAGCUGGUGAUCGCGUCUUUGGCGCCAGCCAAGGCGCAUAUGCUACACACAUAGUAGCAACGGAGCGCUCGUUGCUCCCCGUUCCAGAGGGAUGGAGCUUCGAAGAUGCCGCAGGGCUAUUUAUCACAGCGCCCACUUCAUAUGGUGGCCUUGUACAUCGUGCCAACGUGCAGAAGGGUGAAUGGGUUCUUGUUCACGCGGCUGCGGGUGGCGUUGGGCUCGCCGCAGUGCAAAUUGCCAAGGCGAAAGGGGCUACAGUAAUUGCUACAGCGGGAACGGAGAGGAAACGACAGGUUGCCAAGAGCUUUGGAGCCGAUUACACGAUCGAUUAUCGGGACCCCAAAUGGCCUGAUGCCGUGAAGAAGCUUUGUGCGCAACACCGAACAGGUAAUGGAAAGGCUGGCGUCGAUAUUGUGUACGAUCCUGUUGGUAUGAUCGAUCAGAGCCUAAAGUGCGUGGCCUGGAAUGCACGAUUGCUCGUUAUCGGAUUUGCGGCAGGAAGUAUCGAGAAGGUCGCGUUGAACCGUGUACUGUUGAAAAAUGUAAGCCUUGUUGGGCUGCACUGGGGCCAGUAUGCAAAUUUCGAGAAAGAAACCGUCGGUGUCGUUUGGAAGGGAAUAUUUGACUUGGUGAAGGAAGGAAAGUUUAAAGGGACCAGCUUCAAGGACGAAACCUUUGUUGGCCUCGAGUCCGUACCGAGGGCGUUACAAGCUCUUGGGGGUAGGGAAACAUGGGGAAAGGUGGUUGUUAAAGUUCCCGACGAGGAACAAUCCGGGGCCAAAUCAACUCCAGCUUACACGAGCACAAAACGGGCAGAUGUGUUCGCUGUCCUUCCAAAUGAAAGGGCUCGUAAGGACGCUGUCCCUUUAGCCGCUCCACUCAACGAGGAGGAAGGUAAUGGGAAACCUGCGUUAGAGCAGCUGAGUUUGAAGAAUUGCUCCUAUGUGUGA